AUGUCGUCGUUCGCCGGCGUAUCUGUCCUGGCCGACGGUGAACUAUGCCCUGCGACCGAGUCGUCCGUCGGCAUCACCGCGGACUAUGGGUACCACCUUCUAGUGGUCCACGACUACUUGCGGACCAAGGAAGAGGCACACACCGGUGAGGGCAUCCGAUCUCGUCCUUUCAUGUUGGGAGGCCAUCGCUGGCUCAUCCACUACUACCCCAAUGGUGAAACCACCAACUGUGCCGACUUCAUCUCUCUCUCGCUUUCCUGUCUCCAAGACGAUGCCAAGAAGAAGCAUGUUGAAGCCAAGUUCAUUUUUAGCUUCAUCGACCAGAUUGAGAUGCAGAAUCCAGUGCACUUUGCUGAAAUUAAAACAUGCAGCUUCACUGGUUGUGCUUGGGGUUGUGACAAGUUUAUCCGAAAAGAUGCUCUUGAACAAUCGGUGAAUUUAAAGGAUGAUUGUUUCACCAUCCGGUGCGACAUCAUGGUCUACAACACCGAGGACGAUGCUGCUGGCUCCAAGGCGCGCCUGCCUGACAUUUGCCAUGAUUAUAACAUUCUCUUAGAAACCGAGGCAGGUGCUGAUGUGGCAUUCGAGGUCGGCGGAGAGAAAUUCGCUGCACACCGAUGCGUGCUUGCGGCCCGGUCUAAGGUCUUCAUGGCACAACUCUUUGGCCCCAUGAAGGAGGGCACACGGACAUCCAGUGUCAUACAGAUCCAAGACAUGGAACCAAAAUUAUUCAAGGCUUUGCUUAGCUUCAUCUACACUGACACAUUGCCUUUGGAACAAGGACAAGAAGAGGAAGCAGCCGAGGGUAAAAUGUCAGGAGUUGUGGAACAUGAGCAAGAAAUGGAGGCAGCAGAGGAUGAAAUGUGGCUGCAAUGGCUUCAAGACUUGUUGGUAGCGGCUGAUAGAUAUGAUGUCCAACGCCUCAAGUGCAUCUGCGAGAACCACUUGUCUGAGCACAUAUGUGUCAGCAUGGUGAUGUCCAGUGUUGCUCUAGCCGAGCAGCACCACUGCCAGCGAUUGAAGGAGGCGUGCUUCAAGUUUAUCCAAGUCCAGGCCCCUCUCGUGUCUACAAACAUUAAUGGCAUCUAA